CUACAUUAGAUAUGGCAUGCGGUAGAUCCAGUGGUAAUGAGUAAGUGGGACUGUAUACAAGCCAUGCAAGCUAUUCAAGCUAUUCAUUCUAACAACAUUUACGUAAACAGGCAAACAUGAAUCUUCCUUCGUUUCAUUUUAAUGCAUUUAUUGACUUAUUACUACCCCUCCCCAUAUGCAGUUCGACCCUAAUUGUUGUCUCACUUAAUGUUUUUAGUGUAGUGGGUCUUUACCGUCUGUUUGGAUCAUGCAAAGUGAUUGUUGCUUAUUAUUCUUAAGCCUUUACCAAAUCUACCCACCCUGAGGUACGACACGCGUGCCUCGAUGAGGCUAAUUACCUCUGCAAUAACGUUGAGCGUGGGCGGAUAAUCAAGGCGUGGUUACGCCCACGUUCCUAAUACAGAUUGUGUUUAUUGAUUGACUGAUGCUUACCAUUUACAAACACCUAUAUACAAUUAUUAUCGUUUGUGGAUAUGAUAGAGAGGUUUUUCUUUUGUUCGGAGGUUAUAGUUUAAAGGUUUUUUAAGGGGCCUUUAUACUUGUAGUGUUGUUUUCACACGGUCAGCCAGUGAAAAAAGAGCACGACUAUUCUCCACAUACAAUGAAAAGGUAAUAAUGAGCUGAGCAAAUUUUACAAUCUUGAAAACACACCUCAAAUUAUCCGCUCAGUCUACAGUCUGUACAGUGUCUCACCACAGGCCUCGGUGACGCUGGUGAGAGCAGCAGCUGUCCCUUGUCUAACUGAGGGUAUGCUGUCCCCAAGGUUGGCAAAGAACAGUUCAUCCAGCCACGAUCUGAGGAGAGUGGGGGAACACCAACAGCCAGCCAUGCAGCCACUUACAAGGGAAUUCCUGGUCCACCUCCCCUCAGAGGGAAGACAACCACACCUACCCACACUGCUACAAGCCAUUGAUUCAUGUCGAAAUGAUAUUUAUGCUGGUUGCUUGACGAAAGUGAUUGACUAAUAGAUAAAGAGUUACUCUGGACGACCAACAUGAAGGGAGCUGGCUAAUCAUCUCAGUAAGACUGGAGAGGAGCAACUUGCAAAGGAACUACGAGAGUGCAGUUGCCAGUGUUUGCCAAAUCACUGGGUAAGAGAUGUUCAAAAGACACCUCAAGCUGUUCCUGCAUGGGCUCCGUCUUCUAAGGACUGAGCAAUGUUUAAUCGUAGCGGCGAUAGAUGACAGCAUAGUACAAGAAACUGAAUUCUGUUCUUUAACUUUCAAGCCACAGUAUUUUUGGACUUUAUUAUCCCAGCUCAGGAGCAGCAACCUUAAAAAUCCGGGACAUUUCAGCUCCUCUGGUAUUGAUCCUGGACCGGGUGUAUUUGAGAUGGUGCAUCGUGUCCAUGACAACCCAGACCAGCAGAUGUACUCGUGUGGUUCACUGGCCCCAAAAAUGAGGAGGGGAGGAUGUAUGGACUCACACUAUCACAAGCUGGGAGAGCUGUGGGAGAAGAGUGAAGACUGCUUGAUUGACUAUUAAUGGAUGAUGAAGAGUUAAUUACUCUGGAAGACCAAUUAAUUAACCUAGAGGAGCUGGCAGACCAUGUAAGAUAGGAUCAACUGCAUGGCAAAGGAACUCCUGAGGCUACUCCUCUGAUAUUGAUCCUGGACCGGCUGUAUUUGGCGUGGUGCAUCGUAUUUAUGACAACCCAGACCAGCAGAUGUACUGGUGUGGUUCACUGGCCCCCAAAAUGAGGAAGGGAGGAUGUAUGGACUCACACUAUCACAAGCCGGGAGAGCUGUGGGAGAAAAAUGAGGGUUUCAUUAUUGUGCUUGGAGAGCUGAGUGGUGUGAGUGGGUGUGGUGACCGAGUGUCGUCCCUCCUCCCCCUCUGUGCUGAGACACUAUAACACAGACACUACCCUCAACACAUCAACCUCCUGGAGACACUGCUCAAACUGUUGCCAGUGUUUGCCAAGUCGCUGGGUAAGAGAGUGUUCAAGAGACACCUCGAGCUGUUCCUGAACUCUAUCCUGGAGUGCCUAUACAGAGCAGUGACAAUGCCUGGUACAGCCUGCUGGAGUGGACUAGCUGUCUCACCCUGUAACAACACCAUCCAACGUGAAUCUUUGCGUAAUGGCAGACUGUCUACAUGUGUGUAGCUUAUACAAGUACAUUGCAAUUGCUUAUUUUUCUUAUGUACUGAUGCACUUCCUUUUCACUGUAUAUAGGUUGACAGAACAGUAACUGAAUAAUGUGUACUCGUUUCUUUGUUGAUUAUUAAUGAAUGUGCUAUAAUUA